AUGUUCAAAACUAGCAAGAAUACCAAUCAGAGUUCAAUCUUUAACAUUGAAGCUUAAUUGUCCUCUCAAAAUCUGUCUACUAAUUUCACAAUAUCAAAUGAGAAUCCAAAAAGCACAAAGAAUGCUCCUGUAAUAGCUUAGAAACUAGUGCACAGCCAGUCUCAAUCUCAGUUCUAGUCUCCGAAAUAAACCGGCAUGAGUCUAAAAAAUAAUCCAGCUAUUUCUAGUCAGAAAUAAUUGCUCAUUACAACAGAUAGUGGAAAUAGGCCCUCUCUAAAAAAGAGUCCAACCGCAGUUAUCAACAAGUACUAUAAAAACUUUGGCAUGCAAUAGUCAUAGUCAACUUAACAAAUUCAAAUUAGUAAUGGAGGAAAGCAAAAAAUUGGAGGAGCAUUGCAAGGUGUUGCUAAUUACGGUGGAAUAUAGAAGGUACAAGAAAUUAAGAGAUAAAGAAAGGAUUUGACUAUCACAUUUCAGAAGGAAAAAUCUGGUGAUCACACAUAAGAAAGUAAUCAGAAAUAAGUGAUUACUGAAGGUGACGAGGGUUCUAAUACAAAUAGAUAGAGCAUAGAAGUCUAAAAGGAAUAGAUUUAAAUGCCCUCACCAACUCAGAUGCAUCCCUCAACUACUGCUACAUCGAACCAGAUGACUAUGGCUAAUUCGAUGCAGGGAAGCUUCAAUUUUCACCACAGGACUCAAAGCUGUUAAAUUUUGCCACAAACUACAAUGUAGUAAGCUGCUCAAGCCACAACUAUGUUUGGAAAUCCCUCAGGUAUGAAUGACCACAGCUAUAGUUCAAAUAAAAUAGCAGCUAUGACAUGUAUCCUUAAAGGUUUGCAGCAUUUAAACUAAAGUGAGCAUUGCCAAAACAUGUAGAAGAAAGUCUUUGACAGGAAAACUUCAUCUCCUCAGUUCUCAAAGAAUUUAUUAGAUGAGUUUGAGAAACAGUCUAACCUCAAAGAUAUGGUAAAUAAUCAGAAUAUAGCUAACAUGAAUCAAUAACCAAUGAUGUUGUUCCAAAAUAAUUAUCUACCUUUGACUAGCAGGACAUAAAAUGAUGACUAACCUUUGAUGUAAUAUGACUAAGGCAGUGCAGAUAAUUUGGAAAGAAGAGACACAGCUCCUCAUUUUUAUAUUCCAGAUAACAACACUCCAAUGGAAUUAUCCCUAAUGGACAUAGAUCGAAGAUAAGGAGGCUUCGGGGAUUCCUAGGAGUAGAGUUUGUUUAACAUCCCUGAAGUGUCUCCUGUCAAAACUGCCAAACAAUCAUUUGCAAACCAAGAUUAGUCCUAAUCAAUCUUAGACUAGCUUUGCCCCUAGGUCAUUAGAAAUAAGAACUCUAACUAAGCUUACAAUUACAACAAUAUUUCACAGAGUGAUAAAGAUAGCAAUUCCCAGAUGUUUUAAUAACUCAAAGUAAAUUAACAAAGAAUGGGGUUGAAUCAGCAACAUUCUAGAAAUGGGAAUAAUUCUCUUGGGACCUAUUACACUGGAGGGUCUAGUCAGUAAAAUCUAAGAAAUCCAAACACUAUCACAUGCACUGAUUCAAUAUGUCCAAGUUAAACCACUUCAUUUCUUUAGCAGUAGUCUUAUGAUAUCAAAGACUUCAAAGAACAGUAUGUUAAAUUUGGAUUGUGGCCUGAAAUGAACUAUCAACAGUAAAAGCAGUUAAAGAAGAAAGCGAUUCAGCUAGAGAAGCAGAAUAAGCUGCAGAAGAACCAAAUUGAAUUGCUUAAAAAGGCUAAUAUGAGUCUUUAACAGAGUCUAUAGUAGAUAUAAAGAAGUCACACACCAGACAUAUUUUAGCAAAAAGUGUAGUGUCUUCGUGGAGAGACCUGCUUUUCCAGCAAAAAAUAAAACAAUCGGUACAUACCCUGCCAGAACUGCACUCAGAGUUACAAUCAUAAUUCAUAUUCAAAUACCACCAAUGGAGGUAUGAACACCAACAGAAUCAAUGGAGUGGCUUCAACUCUUUCUCAGCAGCAGUAAACUCUAUUGUACUAACAGCAAUAGCAGCAAAAUAGUUAUCAUUAGAGAAGCAGAUCUUAGAAUGACUAGGAACUUCAAUUUUCCCCUAAGUUCUAAAACUCUCAAGGAGAGAUCAUUCAAAGCAUUAAUGACAACUAAACACAAAAUAUACAGUAGAAUGAUAGAUCUUACACGCCAACGACAAACAAUGGUCAGAAUUAUACAGGCUUUGGUGGAUCAGCAGGAAAUGGACACACCACUGCAACUAUUUGGAAUUAGAGAAAUCAUUCAAUUACUCUUGAGGAGAUUAAGGAGGCAAUUAAACUGAUUGCGAUGGCAAAUGGGGCUCAGGGUAGACACUAAAAUUUCUACUCACAUGUAUAGCAACAGACUAGCAAUGCAAAUAAUAGCAGCGGCUUCAAUAACUUUAAUAUGAAUCACAACAGAAACAGUCACUUUGGUAGAGGAGCUAGCAGCAGAGACGGCUCUUCGAACUCCAAUAAUUUGGGGGACUAAAGCCAGUUCAACAGUAAGAGACAGACUAAUGUGGGAGCUAGCUCAAAUUAGUAAAAUAUCGGGUUAGUUGGGAAUGCAGGGGAAGUUGACAGUUUAAUGCUUCAGAAUAGACUUCUAUUACAAAUUCAGCAACAAACCAAUAAUGCUGUAUACAAUAUUGAUUUAUCUAAAAUUAAAUGA